CACAUGCCACACGGCUUUGAAAUUCCAAGAGAGUCUUAAUGCGAAGCAGAGGCGUCAUUUUUUUGCCCUGCCUCCUCGGCUCCGGCUGCAGAGCGAAGCCAUGUUUUGAGUGACAGUGUGAUAACACUUCUGAGAAAUGCAUCGUGUGGGGAUAGUGUUGGUGGGGCUUGUCUUGUCGAGCUGCAGCACAGCGUUGUCAGCACGAACAGGCAAGACCAGACAGCGCUCAAAGACAAGGGAUGAACUUGUGGGCCCCCGGGAACAUGCUGGAGCAGGGGAAGCUGGAGUACGAGAACCCGGAGGAUCUUCGGAGACUGACUUCUUGGCCGACUUUGCAGGGAAAAAGCGUUUAUGGGUGAUCACCGCCCCAUCAUACAGUGAUAACUACUUACUCAUGAUGGAGAAACAGAUCCAGGAAUCUGAAGGGCUGAAGUGUCGAUUAGCAGAGAGAGACACCCUCAUUGUCACCAUUAUUCAGAAUGCAAUGAUGGAAGGCAAAAUCCAGCACACAACCAUGGAGGGACAGGCCACCGAGCAAGCACUGGAUUCAGACAUGGUGACAAAACUGCUUCAUUACCUGGAGCUGGAACACCAGACCUUCUCCAUGUUGAUCCUGAAGAAGAACCUGAAGGUUGGUGAGAGGUUUCCUUACCCAGUCCGUGUGGAGGCUGUUUUGGAGGUUAUCGAUAACCUCCCUGCACGCAAGCUGGAGAGAGUUGCAAGGAAAGGGUCACUUCAGAGAUGCAAGAUCACUAAGAAGAGGUUAGUAGCGAAACAGAACGGUGGUACGAAGAGACUCAGCACUCAGAAACAGAGAAACGUUACGUCCAUCUUUCCUCCACAGCGACAAACUCUGGACCGAAAGACAGCCAUCAAAAGCAAGAUUCAGGAUAUUCUCCACGGACGAUCCAGAUUCGUCAUCCGUAAAACCCAGGUGAGUCCGGGCCGUGGCAAGACGAUCUCCACUCCCAAACCUGGGGCGAAUAAAGUUUUGAAGCGCAAGCUUGACAGUCGAACAGAAAGCGCUGAGGAUGCAGGAGAGAAAACAGCAGCGAAAGUGGAGAACCGAUAUGACGAUAAAGGGAACGGGCGAACGAGUUCGAUCACAGAGAUUAAAGGAGAGCCAACGGACGACUCGUCCAAGCAGAAAGGCAAAGGAAAGAAGGAUAAGGAGAAGAAUAAGAAAAAGGGGAAAAGAGGAGGGAAGAAGUCACAACGAGAGGCGGACGGUAAAAAAAAAACAGCUCUCAAAGAGUUUAUGGAGAAGCUCAAGGGCCAGAGAAGACUUCUUGUCAUUUCUUCCCCCAGUGAGGUCUCGAGUCAGUAUCUCCAACAGAGAGAUGAUAAUGAGCUGCACAGUUGUGACUUGGCUUUACGGAAAAUUACAGUGCUGUCCAUCCUGGGCUCGGAGCAAAGCCCCAACCUGCGACUGCAACACUAUCAACAAGAUGGAGAUUCUCGACUCGCCUUGCUGCCAGACAACAUCAAAAAUCCCGACCUGAUCAGUCAAAUCCGCAAAGAGUACGGACUUGUAUCUAAGGAUUUCUGCAUGACGGUGACGGACUAUGACCUGAGACCUAAUCUUGGAAUGGUGUUCGAUUCACCAACAGACCCAUCCGCUAUUAUAAAUUACAUCGACACCUUCCAGUCUCGUUGGUUGGAGAAAGCAGAGGGGAAGGACACUCCCUCAGCCUGUUCUCCAUCUGAGGCUAAUAAUCAGGCAGAGAACUCUUUGCUCAGGUUUAUGUCCAAUAGAAGACUUCUGAUCAUCUCUGCUCCCACUGAGGACGACUAUUCCUUUCAUCAGCAGAUUCAAGCUCUUAACGGACAGGAGUGUAACAUGGGGAUCCGUCACUUUGCUUUGCUGAAACUUGUAGGAAAAGGGCAAGAGGCUUCAGGGACUGUUGAGCUAUUUCCACUGAAUGGCAAAAGUCAGACUGAAAAAGAGCUACUGUCACCAGAAGUUGUGAGGAAUCUGAGAGACCAGCUGAAGAUCACCACGGACUACUUCAGCAUGCUGGUGGUGGGGAAGGACGGAGAGGUCAAAGCAUGGUUUCCAACAGCAAUGUGGUCUUUGUCGAAUGUCUAUGACUUGGUCGACUCCAUGGAGUUACGUCAGCAGGAACAGAAGCUUCAGCAAACCCUUGGUAUUCACUGUCCCGAAGACAGGGGUGGUACUUACCAUGGAUAUACACGAGAGACAGAGGACAGCUAUGUGUAACAUCAAUCAGAGGACUGACGGUACAAGCACAUUCAAGAACCCGCGAAUCAGAGACGUUCGCUGACAUCAUGAGGAAAUGCUAGCUAGCAAGUAGAAUAUUAGGAAAGUCCAUUUGAUUUUUGUAUGUACAGUACAUAUCCAUUGCAACAUUGAAAGUUAUUGCUUAUUUCCAAUUUAUUAUAGGCUGAAUUAUUUGAAAAAGCCAGUAUAAAAAUCGUUUUUUUUAUGUUUUUUUAUCUCUAAAACUAUUCUACCUGAAAAUCAUGUCAAGUAGAACUGUUAUAUGCUGCUAUCACAAUAUAUAUUGUAUGUGUACCAAACAACUACUGUGUUGGAAAUUUGUAUUUGGUCUCAUCUCAGAAAACCACUUAUAACAUCCAGUUUGAUGGUUCAUAUACAGUUCCCUCCACUAACAGUAUCCGCCUCCAUUGGCGCCAUUGGUAAAUAUGAGCAAAGAAGGCUGUGAAAAAUGGUCUUUAAUGUUUAACCUUUUGAUCUUUUGUUUAAAAAAAAAUUCACAAGAAUACUCUGUUCUCAUGGAUUUUUUUUUGGUACACCUGGGUGAAUAGGAACAGGAAAUUGUUCAACUAUGACUUCCUGUUUCAUAGGGGUAUAAAUAUGAAGAUAGCACAUAGGCUAAAUUCCAUUAGUCAUUCAUAACAAAGUCACAAGAAUAUAGCUGUGAUGUGCGACAAAAUGUUGUUGAGCUUCACAAAAUGGGGUGUGGCUAUAAGAAAAUAGCACAAGCAUUGAAAAUGCCCAUUUCCACCACCAGGGCAAUAAUUAAGAAGUUCCAGUCAACUGGAAAUGUUAAGAAUGAACCUGGAAUUGAACGUGUGUCUAUAUCGUCUCAACGCACUGCGAACAGGAUGGUUCGAGGGGCCAAAAAAUCUCCAAGGACCACAGCUGGAGAAUUUCUGAAUUAACUUUAAUACACUGAAAAAGAC